AUGCGUUUUUUGGUUGUUCAAUGCAUGAUUUUUGGCUUCGUACUUGCCAGCAGACAAACGCCCAAUCAGUGCAAGACCUUCCCCGGCGAUGAUUCAUGGCCUUCAACAGCAGAAUGGGACGGAUUCAACAAGACAGUCAGUGGGCGACUGAUUGCAACCGUACCGCUUGGUUCGCCAUGUCACGGAUCGAGUUUCAACAAUGCUACCUGCGAGAGCCUGAAGAGCCAAUGGCAGACUGAGGAGAUCCACUAUGAUUCCUCUUCGUCUGUCAUGGCCCCUUUCUUUGCCAAUCAAAGCUGCGAUCCCUUUCAGCCACGAGAUAGCCCAUGUGAGCUCGGAAACUACGUUAGAUAUGCCGUAGAUGCCUCGGGGCCUUCUGAUGUCCAAGCGACUAUUGAAUUUGCGGCACUGAAGAAUAUUCGCCUUGUCAUUCGCAAUACUGGUCAUGAUUAUCUCGGUCGCUCCACGGGUGCGGGGUCGUUGGCGGUAUGGACACACCACCUCAAGGACAUCACCCAUGUUUCCCAGUAUGACGGUUCAGGGUAUGAUGGGCCGGCCUUCAAGAUCGGCGCUGGUGUCCAGGGUUUCGAGUUGAUGGCUGCUGCACGAGAUCAUAGUCUGGUCACGGUCGGAGGUGAAUGUCCCACUGUCGGCAUUGCUGGCGGUUAUACCCAGGGGGGUGGGCAUUCCGCUGUCAGUACCAGCUUUGGUCUUGCAGCCGACAACGUAUUGGAUUGGCAAGUUGUAACUGCGAGUGGAAGUCUCGUAAAUGCCAGCCCGACAGAGAACUCGGAUCUAUUCUGGGCGUUGAACGGCGGUGGUGGUAGCACAUAUGGCGUCGUCGUAUCGAUGACCGUCAAGGCCUUCAAGGAAGCUGUGUUUGGCGGCGCUGCCUUGUCAUUCCUUACAAAGGACAACGAACAGGAUGUCUUUUACGACGGUAUCCAAGCAUUCCACGAGGAGCUGCCUGCCAUGGUAGAUGCCGGAGCCAUGGUAGUGCACUACUUCACAAGCUCGUUCUUUAUGAUCGCCCCGCUCAACGCGUACAACAAGACCGAAGCUGAGGUAAAAGCCAUUCUUGCACCAUUUGUUGCCAAGCUGGAUUCCAAAGGCAUCAAGUACGCCGUCGAAUACAGCGAAUUCGAGACAUACUACGAGCACUACGACAAAUAUUUCGGUCCUCUUCCCCUUGGCAACAUUAAAGUAGGCAUCGCGCAGUACGGGACUCGAUUGAUCCCGCGAGAUGUCGUAAGUAACAUCACCGAAACCUGGAAAGCGAUCGUAGAGAAGGGAGUGACAUGGAUCGGCGUCGGUACCGACGUCAAAUCUUUUGGUUCACAGAAGACAACUUCCGUUCACCCGGCAUGGCGCAAGGCUAUCGUGCAUGCGACUCUUACGCUUCCUUGGGAUUUUACUGCGCCCUGGUCUGAAGCGUUCGUCACGCAGGAGAAGAUGACAAACGAAAUCAUGCCUCUCGUGGAGGCUGCAACACCUGGUAGUGGUUCGUACGUCAACGAGGCUGAUUUUCGUCAACCAAACUUUCAGUCGACCUUUUGGGGCGAGAAUUAUGAUAAGCUGCUGGAUAUCAAGAAAAAAUGGGAUUCUUCUGGUCUGUUCUAUGCCACGGUUGGGGUUGGUAGCGAGGCCUGGACAAAUGAUGCCACGCUCGCGCUUGACAUGAGCAUUUUGUACACUCCGCUGAUCGCCAUGGUAGAAACGUUUUGUGAUCUCAUCGGUUUCAUGCAGCAUGCAUGA